UCAAUUUCAACGUGACUUUACCGAAAGAGCUAAGAAUAUGAAUUACUGCAGCCACGAAAGCUUUAAAUCAGAAUUACACUUUGUUUAACUAAAGCGACGAUUCCGCAGCUUUAUAUUGCACACGUUUACCAAGGACCAUUUAUAUUUAUGCUACGUUUAACCCACGGACACGGCAUUAUAAAUUAUGCAUAAUCAAACAUUUGAGAGAGAUAAAAAAAAAACUUAAGCAGAAGCCAAUAUUUAAGUAACUGGCUGAAGCCACUCACCCAAAUAAGUGAUCCUAUUUGUGGAAUAAAUAAAAAAAUAUACUUAAUCAAGUUGUGUAGCUUUCCUGGGAUACGAGUUCCAAAGAAAUUUUCUUGCCAAUCAUUUUUACAUUUUAACGCUUUCCAACUAAGGUUGAAUUUAUUUAUGCGCAGGUGCUGUCCAUCUGUCUGUAAAUUCGUCCAUAGGGAGGUGUGGGUCGGGGGCAUGGCAACGUUCGUGAAGGUGGUGCAAUAUGAACCAAGCUGUAUGUGCACAAUUGUUUUGCCAAACAAUGCUAGAAUACCAAUCACUGUGUUCAUGCUUGAAGCAAAGGGACUCACUGGGAUAAAUGGCCCUUGGAAUGUUCAAAGUGCAAGGUCAAGGAUAUAGCCUUGAGGAUAUAUUUUUAAAUUACCAUUUGCAUGUGUGUUAUUUAAAAUACAGUGCAACUUCUAAAUAUAACGUGACAUUAUUUAUAUGAACAAAAAUAUUGAACUUGAGAGAAAAAUGUUACUCGAGUAUCAGUUGUGAGCAGAGUGUCCGAACUGUAAGCAGUAAAACAAGUGUAAAAAUUGUAACUUUAUCUCGAUGUCAUGUCACCUGUUCCUUAUCAUAUUGUACUUUGUACAUACACUUGCAAAGUUAAACAUUGACAAAACAAGAGCCAGCCAUUUUGAGUGGCCCAAGAUCUGCUCUGCGUCUCUCUCUCUCCUGCACAGAGCGCGUGUCCUAUUCCCCUUCUCGGCUGUUCGCACCACUCCUCACACUCGCACACACACAAGGCGAGGCCGCGCGAGAGACAUGGCAGGGGGCUACGUGUGCUCGCUGUCGCCCGAGCUGGUGGAGAGGGCUCGCGUGGAGCUGGGAGAGAACCCCGAGACGAGGGCCCAGGAGGUGCAGAAGCUGCGAGAGGCGCUCGCUCGUCGCCCCGACAUCCCGGCCCGGACGGACGACGCCUUCCUGCUGCGGUUCCUGCGAGCCAGGAAGUUUGACCACGAGAAGACCUUGAAGCUGAUAAAGAACUACUACAAGUGCCACCAGACCUGGCCAGACGUCUUCCAGGAUUUCCGUCCGUCCGCCGUGAAAAACGUCCUGGACAGCGGCUUCAUCCGCGUGGUGCCACAGCGCGACUCCCAGGGCAGACGCAUCAUCAUCCAGAGUCCCGGAAAGUGGAACCCUUCGACGACUCCCAUCAUUGAGAAUCUCAGAGCAAUGUACAUGACGCUGGAGCUGCUGCUGCAGUCGGAGGAGACGCAGGUGAACGGGAUCGUCCUCCUAGGAGACUACAAGGGCUUGGGCCUUGCCCAGGUGACCAACUUCAGCCCAUAUUUUGUGAAGCGUAUGACUACAGUGCUGCAGGAUGCCUUCCCAAUGCGAAUUAAAGGACAGAGCAGCAUUAAUGAACCGGUCAUAUUCAAGGCCGUAUUUGCGAUGAUAAAACCAUUUCUCAAGGAAAAAAUGAGAAAACGGAUGAACUUCCACGGCUCGGACUUCCUGUCGCUGCACAAGAAGAUUUCUCCGGAUCUGCUGCCAGCGGAGUACGGGGGCACGGCGCCCGCGAUCACCACCGACACCUGGACCCAGACGCUGCUCGCCGCCGAGCCCUACUUCCUCGAGACGUUUGGAAAUAUCUCCUUCACCAAGGCCGAGUCGCCCGACGAGGUCCUCACGGCCGAGGAGAAGAAGCUGCAAGAGGAUCUGAACCGCGCUAUCGAGGAGGCGGGGCCCGAGGAGGAGUGGACCAAGUUCUAGGUUUAGAUUCAGCAAAGGAAGGCCACUCCAGGUCUGAGGUGUUUACACUCAAAAGUGCUCUUCUUUAAUCGACCACUUGAAUCCUUGCUACUGCAUAGAUUUCACGGUUGUUCUUAACAACUGUGAAGUGUUUUUGGGUUGUACCGCACGUUGUUUGGCACGAUGUCCGAUGUUUAGCACCAUGUGCUGGGAGCUUCUCUUUAGAGCUGACCAUACAACUUGGCCAUACUUCACUACUAUUCAGUUCCUGAAGAAGCUCCCUGCACUUGCAGCGAAACGUUGGACAUAGCACGACACAAGAUGCAGUGCAACCCGAAAACACAUCGGAGAGUUGUUCAACACAACCACACGCAACUACGCAGUAGCAAGGGUAACAGUGGUUGAAUGAAGGCGAGAGGGCUUGCGAGUGUACACUCUUCAAACGGUCUCAACUGGGAGCACGUGGGAAAUUACAGUGCGUCCUCGAAAUACUGGGUUAAUUCAGACAAGGGGAGCCCCCGGUAUACAAGUUUUAUUGCAAUACAAUAAAAACCCGUUAAUUCCAUGAAUAAGAAAAGUCCGAUUUAUAACGUGCACAGAAUUUGUGCAGCAAGUCGAUAACACACGUCUGAGCUCCGGGGAUAAGCUUAAGUGUCACUUGAGAGCUCUUCCAUACACGUGUGUCUUUAGCUGCCUCUUGAUGACUGUGGUAGGCCGCCCGUUGUAUCUCACCGCAGGAAGGAAGCUCGCACGUGGGGAGGGAGACGGUGAAGCGAUGUUCCGUCAGCUCGGUAUUUUGCGUCGGCAUCGGCUUCUGUGAGCGAGUGAGGUGCUCUGCUUUGGAGUUUCAUUGCCAUCCAAAUUAUCCAUAUUUUGUUAAAUUGUUUUCCCACUCUAUAGGCCUUGCCAACAGGGGGCUCUGAGGAGUGGAGGCAUUAUUCUACUGUGUUCAAUCUUACAGCAUCAGAUCACAUCCUGAUUGUAUACACCUCAACAGAGUUACAUUCCAGGGCUGCCAUGAGUACCCACACGGUUAUAUAGAGGCGGAUUUCACGUCGAUUGACACUAAUUGACCCCCUCCUACAUAUUCAUCAAGAUGUCAUGAAAUAAAAUGUUUUUUUUAAUGUA